CAAAGCCCUAAAAUCCGUUUACACAAAACCCUUGAAAUCUCUGUUAACUCUUUCUCUGUGUUGUUUCAUUCCUUUUGCAUUUGAUUUGAAGACGCCGUCGGCAUAAACAUGAAGGUGAUCGCCGCAUACUUGCUCGCCGUUCUCGGAGGCAACAACACCCCCUCCGCCAAAACCAUCAAGGACAUCCUUGGAUCCGUUGGAGCAGAAGCAGAAGAUGGCAACAUUGAAUUGUUUUUGUCUGAAAUUAAGGGCAAAGAUAUAGCUGAGGUGAUUGCUUCUGGUAAGGAAAAGUUGGCAUCAGUGCCUUCUGGUGGUGGUGGUGGCGGUGUUGCUGUUGGUGCUGCACCUGCGAGUGGUGGUGCUGCUCCUGCAGCUGCCGAGGCAAAGAAAGAGGAGAAGGUUGAAGAGAAAGAGGAAUCUGAUGAUGAUAUGGGAUUCAGCCUUUUUGAUUAAGUCUGUGGUUGCUGAGUUUAUUUGAGUUUUGUUCCAUAGUGUAGUGUGGUUUUAUUUUAUUUCAGUGAUCAACGCCUAAGUGGACGAGUUUAGUUUAAUAUUGUAGUUUCUUAAUGUUAUGAUGGAAGUUAUAUUUCUGCCAUCACAGUGUAGCUUAUUUCUUGUUUUACCUUUUCAUCAUACAGUUAUUUCCUUUUUAUCUUAUUUUGAAGUUGAAUA